AUGCGCUUUCCAGCUGUUCGCACGUGGAGGUCCAUCCUGUCCAGUCCCAAACUUCUGAAUCCAGCUACAAAGAUGGCUGUGGUGCAGUUCUACAGUUCUGAGUGUGUCCGUGCUCGGGCCUUACAGAGGGCAGCCAAACUCUACCCACAGCUGUCAAUCACCACUGAACUCUGCUACAAUGUGGGGCUGUCAGGAUGUGAGAAUCUUAAAGAGGACCAGCGUGAGAUUCUGCUUUGGUUGUUUCGUCCGCCUCUCCAGUCCCAGCCCCUGUCUGAUAAACCCACUCUGACAGAGGGCAACAGGGCAACACUGGUGGAGAUUGGACCAAGGCUGAACUUCUCCACAGCCUGGUCAACGAAUGCUGUGUCCAUCUGUCAAAGUGUCGGCCUCACAAACGUCUCACGCAUCGAGCUGUCCCGGAGGUUCCUCAUCAAGCCCUCAAAAUCGUAUACUGGGAACUAUGAAGAAGACAUAAAGAAGCUGAUCGAGUCUUUGUAUGACGGUAUGACUGAAUGCAUUUAUCCAAAUCCCAUCACAUCAUUUGCUGUGGAGACCAGACCUCAGCCCGUUUUUGAGGUGGACAUUUUGGGAAAAGGUCGUGCGGCGCUGGAAAAAACGAAUGCAGAUUUGGGUCUUGCCUUUGACUCGUGGGAUUUGGACUAUUACACAUCAAUGUUUCAACGAGUGAAAAGAAAUCCUACAAGUGUGGAGUGCUUUGACCUGGCACAGUCCAACAGCGAGCACAGCCGGCACUGGUUCUUUCGUGGCCGAAUGCUGAUUGAUGGAGAGGAGCAGACGGACACACUCUUCAGUCUCAUCAUGGACACACAGCAACACACCAACCCCAACAACAUCAUCAAGUUUUGUGACAACAGCAGUGGAAUCAGAGGUGUGGAACUGGACUGUCUGUAUCCUAAAGACCCAUCUCAGGCCAGUUUGUACGAGACCCGACCAUCUCUCCGUCACGUCAUCUUCACUGCAGAGACGCACAACUUCCCAACAGGCGUAGCCCCCUUCAGUGGAGCCACCACAGGCACAGGGGGCCGCAUCAGAGACGUCCAGAGCGCAGGACAAGGAGGUCACGUCAUCGCAGGAACCGCUGGCUACUGCUUUGGAAACCUGCACAUCCCUGGCUACACGCUGCCCUGGGAGUGCACAGGAGAGGGCUGGGAUUAUCCUUCCAGCUUUGCUUCUCCGCUGCAGGUCGCAAUAGAGGCCAGUGAUGGUGCCUCCGACUACGGCAACAAGUUUGGAGAGCCGGUCUUGUCAGGUUUUGCCCGUUCUUUUGGGAUGCGGCUGAAGAACGGUGAGCGGCGAGAGUGGAUCAAGCCGAUCAUGUUCAGCGGAGGCAUCGGCUCCAUUGAAGACGGCCACAUCAAGAAGGCAGAGGCAGAGACGGGGAUGGAGGUGGUGAAGAUCGGAGGCCCAGUUUACAGGAUCGGUGUGGGAGGUGGAGCGGCUUCAUCUGUGCAAGUUCAGGGGGACAACUCCAGUGAGCGGGACCUGGGUGCGGUGCAGAGAGGCGACGCAGAGAUGGAGCAGAAGAUGAACCGAGCGCUGAGGGGCUGUUUGGAGAGGAGCGAAGGAAACCCCAUCUGCAGCAUCCACGACCAGGGCGCCGGUGGAAACGGUAACGUGCUUAAAGAGCUGAGUGAACCGGCUGGAGCUGUGAUUUACUGCAGUAAGUUCAAGAAAGGUGACCCAACGUUGAGUGUGCUGGAGCUGUGGGGCGCAGAGUAUCAGGAGAGCAAUGCUUUACUGCUGCGCCCAUCUGACAAAAACUUCCUGCAGAGGGUCUGUGCGAGGGAGAAGUGUCCGGUCGACUUUGUGGGAAACAUCACAGGAGACGGCAAGAUCACACUGGUGGAUGAUGAGCAGGUCAGCGGAGGUCGCCGUCCCGUUGACCUGCAGCUCGAGUGGGUUUUGGGGAAGAUGCCGCAGAAGGAGUUCAAGAUGGAGCGCGUGAGCUCAAAACACAAGCCCCUGGUUCUCCCUGAGGAGCUCACAGUGAGAGCGGCUCUGGACAGAGUGCUGCGUUUACCCGCCGUGGCAUCGAAACGAUACCUCACCAACAAGGUGGACCGCUCCGUCACUGGACUGGUGGCGCAGCAGCAGUGUGUGGGACCCCUUCACACUCCGUUGGCUGAUGUUGCUGUUGUCGCGCUGUCUCCGUUUGGCCUGGAAGGAGCAGCCACCGCUAUCGGGGAGCAGCCCAUCAAAGGCUUGCUCAACUCUGCCGCCGGAGCACGCAUGGCCGUAGGGGAGGCCCUCACUAACCUGGUGUUCGCCAAAGUUACUGAUCUGAAAGAUGUAAAAUGCAGCGGGAACUGGAUGUGGGCUGCUAAGUUGCCUGGCGAGGGAGCAUGUCUGUGGGAUGCCUGCAAAGCCAUGUGUGAGGUGAUGGGGCAGCUGGGCGUGGCCAUCGAUGGGGGCAAGGACUCUCUGAGCAUGGCAGCCAGAGUGGGCAAUGAGACUGUGAAGGCCCCUGGGGCUUUGGUUAUUUCGGCCUAUGCUGUGUGUCCUGAUAUCACUGCUACAGUAACUCCUGAUCUUGAAGACCCAGAUGGCAAAGGUGUGUUGUUGUGGGUUCCUGCGAGUCCCAACUGCCAUCGUUUGGGAGGCUCGGCUCUGGCUCAGUGCUACAGUCAGCUGGGGGAUUGCUCGCCGGACCUGGACCAGCCCCAGCUACUGUCCGCCUGCUUCAACACCACACAGACUCUCAUUACUGAUGGUCUGCUGAGCGCUGGCCAUGACAUUAGUGACGGAGGUCUGAUUUCCUGUGCUUUGGAGAUGGCUUUUGCCGGAAACAGAGGAAUAGAACUGGAGCUGUCCUCACAUGGAGCUGGAGUGAUGGAGCUGUUGUUUAGCGAGGAGCUCGGUCUGAUCCUAGAAGUUUCUCAACAUGACGUUGAAAGAGUUUGUCGGAAAUACACAGACGCAGGUGUGCAAUGUCAUCAGAUUGGAAAAACGUCCGGAUUUGGACCCAGUUCAAAGAUCGUUGUGUGUGUGGAUGGUCAAGAGGUGCUGAACGAGAGCCUGUCUAAACUCAGAGGAGUUUGGGAGGACACCAGUUUCCAGCUUGAGCGCCUUCAGGCGAAUGAGUUGUGUGUCAAACAAGAAGAGGAAGGACUCCACAAGAGGACACAGCCAUUCUUCAAACUGAGCUUUGACCCCACCCAAAUGCCCACCAUGGAGCAGCUUUGUGAGGGAUUGCCGCGUGUUGCAGUGGUGCGAGAGGAGGGCAGUAAUGGAGACAGAGAAAUGUCUGUUUCUCUCUUCAUGGCAGGAUUUGAGGUUUGGGAUGUUACUAUGCAAGACCUCUGUUCUGGGUCUCUAACCCUGGAUCCUUUCAAAGCAGUAGUGUUUGUGGGAGGGUUCAGCUAUGCCGAUGUCUUGGGAUCAGCUAAGGGUUGGGCUGCCACAGUUGCAUACAACCCAAAAGCAAAGGCUCAAUUUGAUCUUUUCUGUCAGAGAAGCAACACUCUCAGUCUGGGUGUCUGUAAUGGCUGCCAGCUCCUCGCUUUGCUGGGCUGGGUUGGCAAGAGAGAUGAUGGAACAGAGGCUGAUGUGGUGCUGACCCAUAAUGAGUCGGGCAGGUUUGAGUCCCGUUUUGUCAGUGUCGGGAUCGAGAACUCUCAGUCUGUGUGGCUCCAGGGCAUGGCGGGGUCUGCCCUGGGGGUGUGGGUUGCACAUGGAGAAGGUAUGAUGCAAUUUUCUAGUCCUGAAGCACUGGAGCAGAUGGUGUCUGCCGGUCUAGCCCCUCUGCGUUACCUAGACGACACAGGAUGCCCUACGCAAGAAUACCCUCUGAACCCUAACGGGUCUCCCCGGGGCAUCGCAGGUCUGUGCUCCCCAGACGGCCGGCACCUCGCCAUGAUGCCCCACCCUGAGAGGUGCACUCUCGGAUGGCAGUGGCCCUGGGCCCCGCGGGACUUCAGGACCUCCCUCAAACCGUCCCCAUGGUUACGAAUGUUCCACAACGCAGCGGCCUGGUGCAGCAACCAGCCAUGUUAA